AAUGAAACAUUUUCCAGCAAAAAUGAGGCCUAAAACCAAUCAGGGCCUCAACUUCAAGAUCCUCCUUUUGGGUGUCUUCCUUGCUUUUCUCCUUCUCUUUAUUCUAAGAUCAAGUCUUUCAACGUCUAAGGAAAACCCGACUCCUGUCUUGCAAAAUUUGCCUGCGAGAAACUCCAAUGAUGUUAUAGAAGAAGCAGAAGCAAAAUCAACAAACUGCUCGCCAUCAUGCAAUAAGAUUCCACGUCCUCUAGCUCAAGCUCUCCUCCAUUACACAACCUCAACCAUUACACCACAGCAAACUCUCAAGGAAAUCUCAGUGACAGCCAAAGUCCUAGAGAAAAAAUCACCCUGCAACUUCCUUGUGUUUGGCCUUGGCCAUGACAGCCUCAUGUGGAGUACAUUCAACUACGGUGGCAGGACAGUUUUCCUUGAGGAAGAUGGGGCAUGGAUAGAGCAGAUCAAACGUCGGUUCCCCACAUUAGAAUCCUACCAUGUUAAGUAUGAUUCUAAGGUGAAUCAAGCUGAAAACCUAAUGGAUGUAGGAAAAGGACCUGAAUGCACAGCAGUAGGUGAUCCCAAGUUCUCUAUGUGUCAGCUUGCAUUGAAAGGCUUACCUAAUGAUAUCUAUGAGACUAAAUGGGAUUUGAUCAUGGUGGAUGCCCCUACCGGGUACUAUGAGGAGGCUCCAGGAAGGAUGACUGCCAUCUACACUGCAGGGAUGAUGGCCAGGAACAGAGAAGAGGGAGAGACAGAUGUGUUUGUGCAUGAUGUGAACAGAGUGGUGGAAGAUAAAUUCUCAAAUGCGUUUCUUUGUGAAGGGUACAUGAAGAAACAAGUAGGAAGGUUGAGGCAUUUCACUAUUCCUAGUCACAGGGAUAACCUGGACAAGCCAUUCUGCCCUGUGUAAUCACUUCAUUUCCCGUCUUUUUUGCUGGGAUUUGAUUUCCUUAUAAAAUUGUUUGUUCCAGUGAAUGCUAUUUCAUAUUAAACACCACAGUUUCAG